AUGAAACAUAUGGAGCUUGCACCAGAAUCAUCAAACCAGAUGUUUUACAUGCCGCACCAUCCUGUUGUAAAGGAGUCCAGUCUCACGACUAAGCUGAGGGUUGUGUUCAACGCAUCCGCUAAAUCUGCCACCGGAAACUCGUUGAAUGACGCCUUAUUUGUAGGUCCUCAAUUGCAGCAAGAUUCGUUUUCGAUUCUAACGCGUUUCAGAACGCAUCGCUACGCAGUAACCGCGGAUAUCGCAAAAAUGUACCGCCAAGUCUGCGUAUCGCCGAAACAUGUAGACUUACAACGAAUUGUCUGGCGUCGUGAUCCAUCUUUGCCCAUGCAGGAUUAUCGAAUGUUGCGUGUGACUUACGGUGUGGCAGCUGCGUCCCACCUUGCAGUCAAAUCGCUACAACAAACCGCAAAAUGUUCGUCGAACGUUUCUGAGAAAGCUGCUUCCGUCAUCCUCAAUGAUUUUUACAUGGACGACCUCCUCACUGGUACAGCUUCCAAAGCAGAGCUGCUACUUUUGCAACGAAACAUAUCCGGAAUACUCCAGCAAGGUGGCUUUGAGCUCCGAAAGUGGGCGUCGAACUGUGCGGAGUUUAGCGAAUAUAUUUCGAACGCGUCGAAGACUAUAUCGCACUAUCUAGUCGAGGGUAAAGAUGUUCACGCUUUGGGCUUAAUGUGGAACACCGAGGACGAUUUCUUGACGUUCACAGUUAACAUGACAAAACCGCCCGCUGCCUUAACGAAGAGAACUUUUUUAUCGGAUGCCAGCACGCUUUUCGACCCGCUGGGACUGCUUGCUCCAGCGACGAUAAGAUCAAAGAUGUGGUUUCAGGAGAUCUGGCGCCAUAACGUUGGUUGGGAUGACCUUAUUCCUGACUCCCUUGCAACAAAAUGGUUGGUGCAUCGAUCGGAGCUGAAGCUACUUUCAAAUUUAAAGAUUUGUCGCUGGCUUGGUCUAGGAACGACUCGGUCGCUCACAGAGCUUCAUAUAUUCGCUGACGCGUCUGAACGCGCGUACGCCGCUGUUAUGUACGCACGCACCGUGCAAAUUGACGGCAGUGCCACCGUCGCGCUGAUUUCAUCAAAAACCAAGGUAGCACCGCUCAAAACAACAACAUUGCCGCGACUAGAGCUAUGCGCUGCGCAUUUAGCCGCUAAACUAGCACGAAGCGUUCUGCAUAGUUUGGGUGAUCUCCGCUAUCCGCUGUAUGCAUGGACAGACUCCACCAUCACGUUGGCGUGGCUACAAGCUCAUCCUAGCAGAUGGAUUACCUUCGUCGCAAACCGCGUGGCUGACGUUCAAGAAACCCUGCCUCCAGAGUGCUGGAACCAUGUUCGCUCAGAGUUGAAUCCAGCAGAUUGUGCCUCGCGAGGUAUAACCCCGUCUGAGCUACUGCGUCAACAGCUUUGGUGGACUGGUCCUGAAUUCCUGAAGGGUCCAGACCAGUUCUGGAAGCAAACAUCACCAAAGCAUCACACGACCGAUUUGGGUGUUCGGAGCAAGGUUUCUGCUCACAUCACGACUUCCAACGAGCAUUGGUCGAUACUCACGAGGUUUUCGGCGUAUUCGAAGCUGCGCCGUAUUAUCGCUUACGUUUUGAGAUUUUUCGUCAACGCUCGAGCUAGUACUCGACUCAACGCUGCUAAGCUAUUUGGUCCUCCUAGUUGUAAAGAGAUAGCCGAAUCUGAGCUGCACUUGAUCAGCGCAAAAAGGCCGAUUCCGCUUCGUAGCAGUCUUUUGCGUUUGCAACCAUAUCUGGACGAAAAAGGCGUCUUGCGCGUUGGCGGCAGACUGAAGAAUGCUGAAGUAACCCCUGACGUGAAGCACCCCAUCGUCUUGCCAAAGAAUUCUCCGCUUGCGAAGUUGAUCAUCCGUGAAAUACACGAGUUCACACUACACGCUGGGCCCCGCAUUAUGCAGACAGUCCUGCAACGCCGAUAUUGGGUUAUUGGCGCCCGCAGCUUAAUUCGCAGCAUUUACCACAAAUGCGUGAAAUGCACCCUGUUGAAUCGCAAUCUCACCACACAGUCUAUGGGAGACUUGCCCGCAGCUCGAACUACAAAACUCGAGUUGAUUAAUUUUGAGGUUGUUAACAAAAUAGCGAAUUUAGAUGAGCUACUUUUGAGGCUUCAACACCAAGCCGGCAAUCCCAACAUUAAAGAAAUCGAAUGGCAAAAAAAUUAUUCAUUCUUUGAACAAUUUUCGAUUACAGACUUACAAAUUAGUGGAAACAAAGUUUUAAAAUCUUUACAAAUUAUACUAACAGACCCUGUGGAAACAAUAACUGAAGACGACAAGAAACUUAAACUCAUGACAAUUUACCAUAACGACCCGAUAUCAGGCGGACAUUGCGGAAACAAAAAACUCUAUGCAAAAUUACGUACAAAAUACUAUUGGAAAAACAUGACACGCGAUAUUGCUAAAUUCGUAAAAAGCUGUGAGAAAUGUUUAUUAAACAAAGUAAAACCCAAAACUAAAGAAAAUUUAGUACUAACCCCAACGCCUUGCGAACCCUUUGAUGUUGCAGUUAUAGACACAAUAGGACCCUUGCCUGAGUCGAUUAAUGGCAAUAGGUUCGCAGUAACCAUUAUAUGCGACUUAAGCAAAUAUUUAGUAACAAUAGCCACACCGGAUAAAAGCGCAAAAACAGUAGCUUCUGCAAUUUUUGAAAGCUUUGUUUUAACAUACGGCAUUAUGAACACUAUAAAAUCCGAUUUGGGCACCGAAUUUUAA